AGCGUCAUUGCGGAAGUAGCUAAGUCUACGUGGGGAAGGAAGGUUGGCUUGUUCGUGUUUGAACUAAACUCUGCCUAAAACACGAUAAAUGUGCAACAUACGGAACCUACAAUAACCCUACCGCGCAUCGCCAAGUCUUCAUACAACCUCCCCGCCCACUAGCUGAAUGGCCUUGUACCGCCAGGGCGUGUAGAUCCGAUGGGAGGGCUAGCCGGGUAGUUCCCUGUAAUGCUUCGGUGGCUGCGGCAGUCUCUUAGGCAGGUGUCUAGUCUGAUGGCCCGGAGACCAGUGCUUGUCUGCGGGGCGAUACUGCUGAGCGUCCUGCUACUACUGGCCGUUACAUUUACCUGCAGCCGGGCUAAGAAUGUGGUUGCGUCAGCGCGUCCCCCGGUGAGGUUCUUCUCUGCCGAGGCCCCUGUAGUGGACCUGUACCUGGGUCAGCUGGAGCAGGUAGAGAGGCUGAGGGGCGCGGCAGAGGUGUCUGUCAUCUUCUUCUACGCUCCCUGGUGUGCUCACUCCAUCGCCGCUCGCCACGAGGUUCAGGAGGUUGCACGGAGGCUAGUCAAACAGGUGCAGUUUGUGGCAGUGAACUGUUGGUGGAGCCAGGGGAAAUGCAGGAAACAGAAGAGCUUCUACCAAUACCCUGUCAUCCACCUGUUCUACAAGAGGUUUGGCCCUAUAGAAUACAAAGGUCCGUUCAUGGCUUCCUAUGUAGAGAGGUUCAUCCUGAGAGUCAUCACCCCACUGACAUACCUACCAUCACGAGCCACACUACAAGACUUCCUGUCUUUUCAUGAGCCAGGGGUAGUGGGUUAUUUCCAGUUCAGCUCUUCUCCUCAGCCUCCCGGCUACAUCACAUACCUCUCCUCAGCUCUGCAGGCCUUGAAGAGAGACUUCCGUGGUGCGGUGCGUUUCGGGGUGGUGACCAGUAGACAGGUGGCAGAGUCCAUCUCUGUCAGAGAUGACCAGACUGUCUACCUGCACCGACACUUCAACUCCUCAUUGAUUUUCCCUAGUUGGGAGCGUAACUUCACCUCUGAAGGCAUCUGUUCCUGGGUCUUUGAGCACCGCGAGACCGUCCUCCAAUGGCUGGCGCCGACUGGCGCUAAGUCCCGCCUCCUGGAGCAGGAACUGACCAAAGGCCCUGCCCUCCUGCUCUUCUUGCCCCACAAUCCCCUGGGGCCCGGCCCCGACCUGCUGCUGACGCAGAUUGCAGACGUCGCGGUUCGCUACCAUUCCUGUAGCGACUCCCCUCACCACCACCACCCCUCUGACCACUACUACUACAGUGGACCCUCCCAGCCCCUGUCCCCCCCUCUCUGCUGCCUCUCAGUGGUUCUGCCCAGGCCACACCCCCUCCCAGGCUCCACCUCCAGGGUGUGUGAGCUUUGUCUCAACCAGUCCAAUCCGGGUCGCUCUCCCCACUGCACCUUCCCCUCCCAGACAUCAGGUGGUGCUGCCGUGCUCCAGUCCUACCUCAGACGAUGCUGCCUACCUGUUGCUGUGACGGCGACGGCAACGACGGUUGCCUGUAGUAACAUCCUGAGUAGCUACAGCCCGUCGUCAGGUCGCUAUAGUGCCUGUUGUAGAACUCUGGGACAGCUAGGGGUUUCCCUGCCCCCACAGCAGGGGCUAGGGCUAGACAGCGAGGGGUUAGGGACACCCCCUCCCUCACCAUCCUCCUCCCAGGACUCCUCCCCGUCCUCUCAGGACCAGGAAGCAGGCGUGUUUAAAGGGCUGAGGUGUCGGACAAAUAAGACGCUCAGGUUCUACAUCCUGGACUCCGCCCUCCACUGGCCGCUGGCGGUGCGUCUCGGGGCGCUAGGCAACAACGAGAUGGGUGGCGGUGGCCUGGGGGAGUUAGGAAGGUUGCUAGGCAACGGGACCGGUGAUGGUGCACGGUCGUUUGCGACCAUCGUGAACCUGAAGGAUGAGGUGCACUACGUUCUGGACCACAGAGGAACCGCUACUGUUACAGAGUCUCUGGAGUUGUUCAUCAGGAACUUUAGCACCCCCCACAGCCCACUGCAGAGACGCCUAGUGGGGAGGAGAGAGGAGGAGGAGGAGAGGCCCCAGAAGAGACCCCUCAUCUCAGAGCUGACCACCUCCUCUUUCCUUAGUACUGUCAUGGAUCCUCACAGGGAUGUGGUGUUGUUCUACUACAGUCAGUGGUGUGGCUACUGCUCUGUUCUAAACCACGUUAUCAUCCAGCUGGCUAGAAUGUUCCAUGGAAACAGCACCGUCACCAUCGCCAGGGUGAACGUGGCGCGUAACGACCUGCCGUGGGAGUUCAUGGUGGAUCACUUCCCCUCUGUCCUCCUGUUCCCCAGACACAGGAAACACCUGUCCGUCAAGUUCCCGGAGGACACGCCCAUCACUCUCCCCACCCUAUUACGCUUCAUCCUGAAGCACUCCGACUCCGCCCACCAGCCAAUGAAAGCAGACGGAUCCGACCCUAACCCUCACGUUCUCCUCAAGGCGGAGUUCCGCGCUCUCCAAGGAGAAGUCCAGACAUUACAUCGUGCACGCCAGCGCCUCUCCAACCAACUGGCCCAGCUAUGGCGAGACAACCGGCGGUUAUCCUUCAACGCCGUGGCCCUGGAGACCCACAAUGCACUGCUGCAGGCCCAGAAUGGCGAGCUGCAGCGUGAGAGGCUGAGCCUAGUGGAGCAGCACAAGGAGAAGAGUCGUCAGGAGGAGGAGGGAGGAGAGGCGAGAGGAGACGGACGCUAG